CUAUUAUAAUUCUGGAAAUCCCCAAUUAUACUUCUGGAAAUCUUCAGUGAAAUCCUUAAUUUGUUUCCCUGUUUAAGGAUGAAUUCUAUUUGGGAUAGAGUGUGGGGUGGACCCUGUUUGUCUAAUCUAGAUUGUACAGACUAUAUUUCAAUCUGUUUUAUCAGUACUCCAGGAAUAGUUGGAGUAUGUAGAAUGGAGACCUAUGUGUUGUUCCUCCUGAUGGUUCUACCGGUGAUCUUGGUGUUCCUAUUCAUCAGCUGCAUCUAUUGUCCUUCCUGCUGCUUCUAUUCAAUCUGCUCAGAUGCUCUUGAUUCCGUAUUUUACUGCUGCAGAAACAAGGGUUAUUUAAGUAUCCCUGAGACCACCCCUCAGCUCUCUAAUCCCUCACAGUACACGCAGACCAUGAGCAGAUCCUUUACAUUACCAUAGUGCCAGGAUUGCUUUCCCUCCCUCGCACGUUCCUGCACCCUGCUGCAAUCCCUACCUCGUAAAAUGAGGACUCGACUCGAUUCACCGCAUGGCAAUUAUUAGCAACAUGCAGAACAAAUAUUUUAUAAUAAAUUUGUAUUAUCAUUUAUAAUUUUUUAAUGUUUCAAAUGUAUAGUUUUAACAGA